AAUGAUCGUCAAUUGUGUCUGUCACACAGAAGGAGAAAAAAGUUUGAGGUGAAAGCGAGCCAGCGAUACUAUAAAAUACGUGUUUCCUAAUAGCAAUAAGCGCUUAACAAUGAAGUGUGUGAUCUUCGCCUUUUUGCUCUUCGCCAGCGUGAGUGCCUAUAAUCACCGCUUCCGUCGCCAACUUCCUCCACUUCCCGGUGUCGGAAGCCUCGUCCCAGCAGGAGGGAUCAGCCCCGGCGCCAUCUGCACUCCCAAUGACAGAGCUCUUUGUGGAAACAUCGUUUGUCAGAACAACAACAACCAGAACACACAGGUGCUGGGUGGCGGCAACAGCGGUGGCGGGCCAGCUUUGUUGGGCGUGGUGCCGGCCAACGUCCUCAACAGCGCCGGCGUGCAAGCUCCCAUUAACGUCAAUCUGUGCCCAUCAGUACAAAUCUGCAAUGUUUGUUUAGCAGCUUCCGUCGGAAGUGGGCUUGGCGGCUAGAAUAUUCAAAUUUUUAAAAAUAGCAUCGCGUUCUACGGUGUUGUUACUCGAAAAUUGCUGUGCAAUACUGAAAUGUGAUAGACGACAUAGUUUGCAACGGACUGUUACUGACCCUUUUUGUUUUCCGCUGCACGUCAUUAUACUCGUAAGUCGUAAUUAAUAUGAAGAAAAUCAUUAAAGAAAUUGAACUGCAA